ACAAUAUUGCACUCACAGAGUGCUCCUGGCAUUCUUGGAGAUUUUGCUUCACUAUUUCAGUUUCCAGAAAAAUAUGACACUGCAUAUAACAGAACUAAACUGGGAGUGCCUCCUACAUUUGUUUUCCUUUCUGGACAAAGACAGCAGAAAGAACUUGUCACAGACAUGCAGAAAACUUCGGCAGGUUUUUCUGGACCCUUCUCUGUGGCCUUUGCUCAACUUUCAUUCUCCGGCAGAACUGAAAAAGAAUAAUUAUCUUCUGGGACCAUCCUUAAAAUUCCUGUCAAUCUGUUGGCAUUCCAGUAGGGUUAAGGUAUGCAAUAUUGAAGACUGGAUGAAAAGUACUUUCCAAAGGGAUCUCUGUAGCAAACAUGAAAACACAGUCAGUGAAUUUUUAAUGAGAGUUUGCAACAUGUGCCCAAACCUGUUGUCUCUCAUGCUCUCAGGAUGUGGCCAUGUAAAAGAUCAUCACAUUCUUCAGAUUCUGCAAUGCUGCCCAGGGCUACAAACACUGCAUCUGGAAAACUGUUCCCGAAUUACUGACCUCACGUUGGUGGCCAUUACAGAGAACUGCAAGAAUUUAAAUACUCUCCAAAUUGAUUUCUGUCGAAAUGUCAGUCAUGAAGGCUUGAAAUUAGUAAAGGAGAAAAUGCCAUCAUUGAUUUUACACGCUGAGCGAAGUGCUGAGAUGAUUCCAGAUAGCAAACCAGAUGAAAAAGUGCAACUGGCAAGGUUAUGGCAAAAAGCUCUGCACUAUUAGCCACUUUUUGUUUAAAUUAUUUUCAGUCUGUGCUUUGUGUUUAAAAAAUAUUUUGUAUCCAUAAAAAUAUUCUUGUUUUUCUACUUGUCUGAUUCACUAUAUACUGUCUUGUAUUUUAAUUUAUCAGGCAGAAAUGCCAUAAAGCUGAGAAAAAAAAUAAAACCAUUAGUUUAAAAAAA